CGACUCAGCGUUCGACCCAAUUUGAACUCCGAAGGGAGACAGAUACAGCCCCGACCAUUGGAGUGUGUCUAAGCUCGGAGAAACCGAACAGAGCGCUGCUGAGUACGAGGUGACCUUCUAGCAGUCGAUGCAGCGCAGGCGCAGAGGUCGAUCCAUCUGAUACGAGCAGGAAGAAGAAGAAGAGACCGAGAAAAUGGCGGCGUACCUGAGCAUGGGCGAAGCCCACCGGCGGAUCACCGACUACCUCGCCCGCUUCUCCGACGCCGUCGCCUCCCAGGACGUCGCCUCCCUCAAGCCCCUCCUCUCCCUCUCCUCCGCCUCCCCCUCCCUCGUCUCCCUCGCCGACGCCCUCAACCUCCUUCAGGACUCGAACAGGCUGAUCAAGCAGUCGGACAGGUACUCCCAGUUCGCGGAGAUCCUCGCGCCCCUCUUCCGCUGCCUCCAGAACUACAGGCUCCACAAUCUGGUCGACGCGUAUCCCGCCUACGAGAAAGCUGCCAAUGCGUUUAUCCAGGAGUUUAGGAACUGGGACUCCGCUUGGGCACUGGAGGCGUUGUAUGUGAUUGCUUAUGAAAUUAGGGUUCUCGCCGAGAGGGCGGAUAGAGAACUGUCGGCCAAUGGGAAGAUGCCGGAGAAAUUAAAGGCGGCCGGCUCCUUUUUAAUGAAAGUGUUUGGGGUCCUAGCUGGGAAGGGCCCCAAACGCGUAGGAGCAUUAUAUGUGACUUGUCAGCUGUUCAAAGUUUACUUUAAGCUCGGUACAGUUCACCUUUGCCGCAGUGUCAUAAGAAGCAUUGAGACUGCGCGGAUAUUUGAUUUUGAAGAAUUUCCUCAAAGAGAUAAGGUGACAUACAUGUACUACACAGGACGUCUGGAAGUUUACAAUGAAAAUUUUACAGCUGCUGACCAAAAAUUAUCUUAUGCCUUAGCACAUUGCAAUCCCCACAGUGAAGCAAAUAUAAGGAUGAUAUUAAAGUACUUGAUACCAGUGAAGCUUUCAAUUGGAAUUUUACCGAAAGAUUGGCUCCUGGAGAGAUAUAACUUGGUUGAGUACAGCAAUAUUGUGCAAGCUCUGAAGAGGGGUGACCUUCGACUUCUUCGAAGUGCUCUAGAAGAGCAUGAAGACAGGUUCCUUAGAUCUGGUGUAUAUCUUGUUCUAGAGAAGUUGGAGCUCCAAGUUUAUCAAAGACUGUUGAAGAAAAUUUACAUCAUUCAAAAGCAGAAGGAGCCGACCAAAGCUCACCAGAUGAAGUUGGAAGUUAUUAUCAAAGCACUGAAAUGGCUUGAGAUAGACAUGGAUUUGGAUGAGGUGGAGUGCAUAGUUGCCAUAUUGAUACACAAGAAUCUCAUGAAAGGUUACUUUGCCCACAAAAGCAAAGUGGUGGUCUUGAGCAAGCAAGAUCCUUUCCCCAAAUUGACUGGAAAACCUGUGAAUGCAUAGAGAUGGUGUAUAUGUUAUACUACAAGGCGAGAUUAUGCAGUUCUCAUGGCAGGAGGAAUGCUAGUUAAUAGUUAUCUGACGCAACAAUCCGAUCCAAGAGUCUAUCUUCAUGCUUCAGUUCCUCCAUCGAUGAAGGAAAUGUUUUUUCUCCCGGUGCCAUCCGCGAUCAUACUUUCGUUGCCAGUGAUUAAUUCUUUAAUUAUCAGGUUUCCUUUUCGAUCGCCUGCUGAAUAGCCUCAACAGUAAUUUAUUAGGCUUGUGGGAUUGGGGGAUAUUCCAAGUCACUCCAUCUCGUUAGUUGAGGAAAUAUGAUCCUCAACAUGAUGAGCCUUUUUCUCGGUUAGAUCAGACAGUUAUAACACUUAGUUUUUACCAUGGAUCAGGCAGUUAACUCAAUCAGCCUUUAUGGUCGAAUUGACAUCCGAUUUUGUGCUUGUC